AUGGCCAUAGCUGAAACUGGUGAAAAACUUGUUCUGUGUUCUAAUUGCGAAAAAUCAAAUUCAAUCGAAGAUCUUUACAAAUGCACUCAAUGCAAUGAAAUGGAUAGCACUGAAAUAAAUAUUGAUACGGGAUCAAUCCAUUAUCUGUGCGACCUUUGCACCGUUGCUCACCUGAAGAAAAGUUAUUCUGUGCGGGAUCACAGAAGUCUGCAACCCUCUAUUUGUACUGAGCAUAAAAUGGUAUGUCUGGAAUACUGCAUCGACUGUGAUGAACUUUUUUGUGGAAAGUGUGUGGCAAAACACCGUUCACAUGCUUCCAAGUCGAUGGUCGAGAGGGCAAGCGAGGUUCGAUCGAAGGUUUUUGAUCUGUUAACUGAAUGGGAGAGCAACGAAAAGGCUGCUCUGAGGAAACGCGAGUCAGUUUCUGGUAUCGUGAAUCAACAUGAAUCUGAAGUCGAAACUCUAUUGAAACAAGUUGAAGACAUUGAUAAAUUAAAAGAAGAAGUGACUGCAGAAAUAAGAGUGAAGUUUGCAGAGUUCAAGAAAUCGGAAACUCGUUUCGAAGAUCACGUACAAAAAGUUGGGCAAACCCAAAAGGAAUUGCGAGGGUUGCUUAGUAUGUCUGAUGGAUCUAUGAUUGAAGCUUUCCAGACUGUAGAAACUAAUUUUGGUUCCUUAGGCGUCGCCCAAUGUGAAAUUGGAAUGUAUGAGAUGAAUACCAAUGCAUUUGGAACUACCAUUGGAUUUGUUGAAUUCAAUAAGAGAAUCUUCAAUCAAGUAGUGGAGAAAUUGAAGCUACGUCAAGUCGAAAAGCAGCAUGUGCCGGCAUCCUUAGGUUAA